CUCUAUGGUGCGAAGUAUCAACUGGGACUCUACGCAAUUUGGUUUUCUUUUAACAGCGGAGCUGCUUAAGCUUGGCAAAAUUCCGGUGUGCAACGCUAAUACUGGUUGAGCGAGGAGCUACGCCAUGUGCGCGCGAGAGAGGAGCCUGGUCAUUGACGUCAUAGCUGCGCCGAGCACGUGUUCAGCUCAGUCAUGUGACCGCGCAAAUGAAAGCGUGCGCCCGGGCAUUUCUCCGCUCUACCGAGAUAUGGCUCGACCUAAGCGUACCUUGACGCCGGAAGAAGAGGCUGUCCGACGAGAGAAGUGCCUUCAAGCUACGCGGGAAAGGAAUCGCCGUCUUCGUGCCGAUCCAGCCUACCUCGCCAACAAAGCCGCCGAUAUGCGACGUCGCCGAGCCGAUCCGGAAUACCGAGAACGCGAGAACCAAGCCAAGCGUCAACGCCGCGAAAGCGACCCCGUCUUCCGACUUUUCGAUAACUUCCAACGGCGUGAAAGGAGACCCGUGACUGGUGACGGCAGAAGAUUUGCCCGAAGGAAUGCCCAGAAGCAGCUGAGCAGAGAAGCAAAUGAGAAGAGGACUGAGCAGAGGACUGAGCAGAGGACUGAGCAGAGGACUGAGCAGAGGACUGAUCAGAGGACUGAUCAGAGGACUGAGCAGAGGACUGAGCAGAGGACUGAGCAGAAGACUGAGCAGAAGACUGAGCAGAGGACUGAGCAGAGGGCUGAGCAGAGAACACCAAGCUGCAGCAGGCGUCCUCAAACAGUGGACGUUAAAACUGCAACGACACCUUCCUAUCUAACCACCAGAAGCACACAGACUGAGAUUAAACACAAAUCAGUGCAGACCAAGAAAGAAAAACCUGUGGAAAGUGGCAGUAAUACCAGCAUUUCACCACCUGGCGUUAUUAGCCCACAGACAGAGGUGACAGAAUGCAAAUUGGUGCCAACCAUGGGUUCUUCCAUCAUCAAGGAAGCUGUCACAGCUGUGCCAAACAGCAGUAGUUCCUUCAUUACCAACACUCCACCAGCGAACAUUUGCUUCGUGCCUGGCAUUAGCACACAGACGGGGAUUAGAGAAUGCAAACUGAUGCCAACCAUGGGUAUUUCCACUAUCAAGGAAGAUAACACACCUGCACCAAGCAGCAGUUGGUCCUUCAGUACCAGCAUUCCACCAGCAAACCUUUGCUUUAUGCCUGGCAUUAGCGCACAGACAGAAGUGCAAGAAUGCAAAUUGAUCCCAAGCAGCAGUUGGUCCUUCAUUACCAGCACUCCACCAGCGAACAUUUGCUUCGUGCCUGGCAUUAGCACACAGACGGGGGUUAGAGAAUGCAAACUUGUGCCGCCCUUGGGUCCUUCCACUACUAAGGAAGAUAUCAGAGCAGUGCCAAGCAGCUGUUUGUCCUUCAGUUCCAACAUUUCACCAGCAAACAUUUGCUUCGUGCCUGGCAUUGGCACACAGACAGAAGUGACAGAACCCAUACUAGUGGCCACUAUGGGUCCCUCCGCCAUCGAGCAAGAUACUACUCUGGCAAGCACCUGUGAAAGCUCUAGUACCAAGAUUUCAGCAGCAGAGUCUUGCUCUGUGCCUGGUAUUGGCACACAGACAGAGCUUAUGGAACACAAAUGUGUUCAGACAGCAUCAUUUGUAGUGACAAGGGCUAUACAAACGUGAACUCAUCCAUCCUCGGUGUCUGCGACAGUGAAGGUUGCAGCUUAAUUUCAAGUUGUUCCAGGUUAUCGCUUAUAGUGACUUCAAUUGCCGGCACCAUCCACCAGAAAGCAUGUUAAUGUACCCCUCGUCGGACCACCAGCAGUAUUGGCAUCAUGUUGCAUCUCACAUGCAGGGCACACACACUGCCAGAAUAGCGGCACCCAAUCCAGCUGACUGACCGACAUAAAAGGUGUCCCAAUUGCUCGGCAGAGUGGGGCUUGCAGCAUACACAGUGAAGGCACUCCUCCUGCCCCACGGACACAGCCUAAUCCCAGGCUAGUGCGAAUGGAAGCCUGGCAACCUUCCUCAGCAGCACUGGGAUGCACCAGCACGUCAUGUUUCGUGGGGCAUGAUUUGUGACCGAACUUUGGAAUCUGCAAGCACAGCAGGACCACAAAGAACUUUUAUUGCGAUAGCAAUUAUAUGGACACUA